AUGUAUGAAGGUCAACGUGACCUCCUGUCCAACCAAACUUAUAAUCUUGACCAACUUGCUUUCGCAUCAGACAGAAUUAAAGAUGCUCAACACACUAUGACUGCAAUGAAGGCUGCCAAUAAAGAGCUGAAAGGGAUGAUGAAGACUGUCAGGAUUGAAGAUAUAGAUAGCAUGCAAGACGAGAUGAUGGAUCUUAUGGAUGUGAGCAAUGAAAUACAAGAAACUCUUGGUAGAAGCUACAAUGUCCCAGAUGACAUCGAUGAGGAGGAACUUAUGGGCGAGCUUGAUGCUUUGGAAGCCGAUAUGGACUUUGAGUCGAAUUCAGUCCCAUCGUAUCUCCAACCAGACAAGGAGACUGAUCUUGAUUCUGAGCUUAACCUACCUGCUGCACCAAGUGGUCAUGCAGCAGUCCUAGCGAACCGGCAGCAGGAGGAUGAACUGGGACUGCCUACCGUGCCGCACGCAUCAAUUCGUACCUGA